CAGCGGCAGUCUUGUCAAAUCACAAGGGGGGUGACGCGCAGGCAGAGCGGACUUACAUAAAACCCUCCGCGGACUCUUUGAGCUCCUUUUAUAACGCGUAAAAGUGUCGGAUUCGCGGAAAGCCGGAGUGGAUCUACUUAAACGGCACGUUUAGGGAGAGUUGUGAUAGUUAGUCGACGUCUGGCGGGCGUUUGGAGUCGCUACACACAACAAAAAGUAGUUUUGCUUUUCAGCUGAGAGGCGCACCAGCCGAGGACGGACGUGAAGGGGAUUUUACCGAGUCGAUUCCAGCGUUAUUUCGUCGUCUCUCUUGGGAUGUGAGUCUUCCGCACACCAUCGGACCUGUUGAUGUGUACCUACAGCGCGGGAUUAAGCCACUUUUCCUCACUUUGUUUGCUCCGGAUUCAGCAUGUUGGCGAACACGGCGCUUUACGCGGCGAAGAAACGGAAGAAGCCGGUCCAGAAAAUCCCCAAACCGCCACCUCCCGAUGGCGCCAAGUCCAACCCGUCCAAACGCCAUAGAGACCGGCUCAACGGCGAGCUGGACAAGCUCACCAGCCUGCUGCCCUUCUCCGAGGAGGUCAGGUCCCGGCUGGACAAGCUGUCCGUGCUCCGCCUCAGCGUCGGCUACCUGAAGGUCAAGAGCUUCUUCAACGCCACCAUGAAGAAAGGGCAGAACGGCUCCAGCUGGACCAGCGAGCGGAGCCUGAUGUUCGGGGGAAAUGUCCAGAACGCGCUGCCUUUGUCCACCACCACCUCCACUCCCUCCUCCUCCUCCUCCCCCUCGGCCUCCUCCCAGGUGACCUCCAUCGACGGAGUCAGCUUCUCUGAGGGGGACCUUCUGCUUCAGGCUCUGAACGGCUUCGUGUUGGUGGUGACGGCUGAGGGUUACGUCUUCUACACGUCCCCCACCAUCCAGGACUUCCUCGGCUUCCAUCAGUCGGACGUCAUCCAUCAGAGCGUGUUUGAGCUGAUCCACACAGACGACCGCGCUCUGUUCAGACGGCAGCUUCACUUCGCUCUCAACCCAAAUCAAGAUGGAGCCGAAGAGAAUCAGAGUGAGCAGAACUCUGCGGAGGUCAGCACCAACGUGAUGACCUACGACCCGCAGGCCAUCCCUCCAGAAAACUCGUCCUUCCUGGAGAGAAACUUCUGCUGUCGUUUCCGCUGCCUUCUCGACAACUCGUCUGGCUUCCUGGCGUUGAACUUCCGGGGUCGCCUGAAGUUGGUCCACGGUCAGAACCGGAUGUCAGAGGACGGGACGCUGGUCCCCCCGCAGCUCGCUCUCUUCGCCAUCGCCACGCCGAUGCAGCCACCGUCCAUCCUGGAGAUCCGCUCCAAGACGCUCAUCUUCCAGACCAAACACAAGCUGGACUUCACUCCUUUGGGCAUCGACACCAGAGGAAAAGUGGUUCUGGGUUACAAUGAAAUAGAAAUUUCUAUGAAAGGUUCCGGCUACAACUUCAUCCACGCUGCAGACAUGAUGUACUGCGCUGACAACCAUGUCAGAAUGAUAAAAACAGGAGAAAGUGGUUUCACCGUCUUCAGGCUGCUGUCCAAAAGUGGGACGUGGGUUUGGGUCCAGGCCAACGCCAGACUCGUCUUCAAAGGAGGGAAACCGGACUUCAUCGUGGCCCGGCAGAAAGCUUUGACAAAUGAAGAAGGAGAAGAACAGCUGCGCCUCCGUCGGCUGCAGUUGCCGUUCAGCUUUGCCACCGGAGAGGCGUUGCUGUACGACAUAAUUCCAACCGUUGGCGACCCCGACUCAUGCUCCGCCCCCAAGCAGAGGAAGCUGGACAGCUACUCCGUCAGCCCCAACUCCUUACUGGGCUGCAUGCUGAGUCAGGACCAGUCUGUCUACUGUGAACAGAGCAGUGCCAACACCCUCAGCUCCCUCAACGACGUUGCCUUCAAGGACACCCACGCUACAGUCAGUGUUCGUGGAGAUGUCUGGCUGGACACCAUGCCCAAACCUGGUGUAGGAAGCCUGAUGAAGUCUGAGGCCACAGUUCAGGACAUGAUGGACACUCUGCAGCAGAUCCUUGGGGACAACGACCUCACCAACGCCCUGGACGUGGAGCCUGAUGAGCUUAAGAGCUGGGAGAGCACACUGCUGAAGAUGAGCACCAACAACGAGAUGAACGAAGACCUGAACGACAUUCUCAGCAACGACAUCCUGUCCUAUGUAGAGGAGCAGCUCCAGAGGGAGGGUGGGCUGAAGUUGCCAGAUCAGCUGGAAGACAUACCACCUUGCCUAUCCGCGUUGGACCUCCAGAACCAGAAUCCUGAGCAAGCUGGGGAGCAGAACUUCAGCUGGCCUUUGGAGCCCCACAACCAGCUGAUAGCAAGUGGAGGCCAGGUGAUCACUGGAUUACCGACUUCAAUCCAGGGGACUAUGAAACUGACCCACAUGGAUCUUCCUCAUUUGGGUUCCUCUGAUUUUAAUGAUCCAACUCUUCAGCAGAUGGCCCCACAGCAAACACUUCAGCUGGGAAACAAAGGCAACAUCGGCGCUCCAGUUACCUUCAACUCUUCCUUGAUGGACUCUUGUGCACAAACACAGAACCAACUGAGAACCUUACAAAUCAUUGCCAAGGACAACCUAGGGGGAUUCUCUCUCAGGCAAACUUCAACCAAUCAGAUUUUCUCCAACCAAAUGGCUCAACCAAUGCAGAACCAUCUUCAGAUGAGGACGCCCAACCUACCAGCCGGCCUCCAGGACCAAAGCGCCAGUCCCGUGUUCAAGUUUCAAGGCAACCAGUGGAACUCCAACUCAAACCAGGCUGACAACUUUGUAGAUGCAUUCACCCAAAAUAUUUCAAAAGAAGAUCCUUCUGCUUCCAGCUGCCUACAGGGACACUUUGCACUUCAAACGCAAAACAAUGAGAGUCAGAGGCAGUCUUGGCAGGUGGAGCGGCAGCAACAGCAGCAGCAGAUCUCAAGUGGAAACCAACACAUGGGUGCCUGCCUCAACCAAAUGUCAGGAUUUCAGAGGAAUCCUCCUCCGGGACCUGUCUCCACUCAGAAUGCUGUUAAUGGCAGGUCAACAUUCAGGACCCCAGAGACUUCUAAUGUACCAUUUCCUGUUCAGCAGAACAUGGCGCCACCACCUCUGGCACCUUCUAACAGUUGUAUGUUCAGUAAUACCCCCUCCUCUGUGCCUGUAAAUGGUGUACACCUCAGUCAGACGCCCUCCUACCAGAGACUGAACCCCGCCAACAACCAGAUUCCCUCCAAGCCCUCCUGUUUCUAUCUUCCCGGAGGCGGAUCUGUACCGGGGAUGACGGCUGUCCCGAAUCCCGAUGAGGCAGCACUGUCCUGCCAGACGACCGCCGGUCUCAACCCCGAAGACCUGUUGGUACAACAACAGCAGUACUUAAACUUCAAUCAGCUGCAGACACAGAUCGACAGCCGUCCAGUCGUCAGGAACGGAGGUUUUCCCUUCACCUCGCUGCCCAACGGGAACGCAUACUACUCAGAGAACAAAUAGGAAUGGGGCCGCUGUGACUUCAGGAUGGCAGAGGAUCUCAGCUCGGACUGAAAAGGCAGUUGAAAGGAAGCAAAAGACUCCUGUCUCUAAACGUGAAAGCGGAGUAGACUGAAGAACAGAAACGUGCCCGACUUGGACGCCUCUCCUUCUCUUUUUCCUUUCUGAUUCGGACACGGUGACGAAAGCUUUAAGUGAUGUUUGGUUCAGCGUGGCUGUCGAGAAAAGAAAGUCUGGAGUUUGUUUUUCAGGCAAGGACUUUGGUCCGGGUCGGACUGCACCAAAAAAGACAAUAGACAGCCUGAAUUUGUCUUGUGCUCAUGCAAGCAGAUUUCAUUUUUUGGGUUUUUUGUUUUUUCGUGCUGCUUCUAUGACCACAUUGAUGGAUAAACGUUCAGCUUCACCUCAGCGGGUGUCAUCGUCGGCCAACGGUGCAACAGCACCAUCCCUUUGUUUUGUUUUGUUUUGUUUUGUUUUGUCAAGUCAGCUUAUGAGUGGGAAUAUUCAGGUCUGUGUGAAUGAAAAAGACUUCAUCAGCCACAUGAGAGACAGAGCCGGAUGCUUCCUGUGGAAAAGUUUAGAGGUGGUGAGUGAGUGCAAAAGUCUUUUCUCCUCUAAAGCCAACCCACACUGUAUGAAAUCACAUCAGACAAAGCCUAAAACUGAGUCGAAAGCACCCACUGCCACUGCAGCUGGUGAGAGCUGCUGUGGUUCUGAGUGUUUUCUCUUCCCGUGGCCACAGGCAACGAGAGCCCAUUGGACAGUGGAAAAACAAUGUGAGGAAGCCUCAAAACGCUCCUGCUGGCAGAAACCAGAACAGCACGUUGUCUUUUAGGAGUCUGCAGGAAAGUGUGUGCUUGUUGUUGUCAGCCUGCGUUACGUGAAAAACGUCAAACGUCUCGCAUUGCAGUCAGAUGAAAUGCGCCAGUUGAGAAAAAGUGUGCAGUAAAGUAGAACAGGAAACAUCGGAGAGCUAACAGAGAACAGCGGGGCGGCGGCUCGCCAUCGGCCCCAUGUGGGCCGGGACGGCUCGGUCGAUGACAGCGCGCCGCCCAGAAUUCAAGUGGAAAAUAAGGAUUUAAUUGAGAGAGUGAAAUUGAUUUCAUGGAGCCGAGGCUUGUUGAGUUUAUUGUUGGAGCCGAACAGAGAAAAGUCUUCAAUACAUCUGUUCAAACUGCUCUGAAGGCUCCGCGGGACCUCCUGGAGGGCUGAGCGUUAAUUUGUUCGGGAUUUGAUUUGAGUUUUCAGACGGUUUGUUUUACAAGAGAAAAGACCUGAAGGAUGAGGGCCGUGUGGUAAAUCCACGUCUGGUUAACCUCCUCGCCUCCCAUAAACAGCAGCAGCUCCUCUGACCUUUUCAGUAGGAAGCAUCCAAUACUGUCGAGAUGUCCCAGACCCGAGUGAGCGUUAAAAGAGAGAACGCCGGAACAACUUCCUGUUAACGGUCUGCCGUCUCUGACCCACAAACCCGCUAUCCUACCCCACCCCCCGACCUAAAAGUCUGCUUCCUGUUUUGAGCGCUCAGAAGGAUGAAAUAUAUCUGCUUUUCUGUUUUGUUUUGUUUUGUUUUUGCUGUUUUUGUCCUUUUGAAAAUACUUCUUGAUUAAGUUCAUUUCAACUCUUUACUGUCUCGGAGAGGGAGGUUUGCUUUGCAGACAGGGUAUAAAAAUAAAAACGCACAAAAACGACAUCACGGCAUCAUCCUACUAAAAGACUUUUAGGAUUUAAGCAAGAGAUGAUUCAGUGAAAACAGCUGCUUUUUAGUGCCUCUUUUAUGAAAGCAUUCAGUCAGAGCUUUUGUCACUGAGCCAGUUUGCUUUUUUCUUUUCUCUAAUAUUUCUGUGUUGUUUUGCUGUUGAAGGGGAGAAGAAAUACAGACGGUGCCUUAAACUGACUGUUUGAAACUUUAAAGGGACAGUCUGUUGACGCUUUAAAACAUUUCCACCCGGAUUACGAGCAAAAAGGUGCAGUGGAAAAUAUCCGAAACCAAAGUUACUCUCGCCCUCGCCUUAACGCCACCAAGUCAGAUCAUGAGAUGAUUUGCACUAUUGCUUUAAAGUUUUUGCCAAAGCUUAGCGAAGAGGAAAACAGUUCACGAAUCUGAAAGCUUUAUCACAACACCAGAUUCCAUGAGUGAGAAAAAAAGAAAACGCACAAGUUAAGAUUUUGUUUUUUGCCAUAUUUGAUUUGAAUUAAAUUAAAUUGGGUGAAAACUAAAGCAGAAAAUUAACGCCCGGGAUGUUGAUCAGAGUCUCCAUAAGACACUGGCUGUGAGAGUGGAGCCUUUAUUCACAUUUUCCACAACAAGUUUCCGUCCUCUUCCUCUUUCCUGUUUCUGUCUUUGUGGUUAAUUUAUCAACGUUCUUGCUCGGGCUGCGAGUAUCGACGCUCGUACGGCAGCGAAACACAGAAGUAAAAGGGUUAAAGGCAGCUAUUUGUAUAUUUUACAAGAGGAGGAAACAAAACGAACACUUUAACACAAGUUAAAAAGACAAACCGCGGUGGAAACUUCAAGUGCCUUUUGAUUGACCUCUUUAUGAUUGUCUGUUGAUCUUAAGAACAACACGACUCAGCACUUAGAUUGGAAACAAACACAGGAAGCCUCAAACUGCAAGAAUUGUGUGUCACUUCAUCCAGUUCUGAUCCAUAAAAUCUGAUUUUUGUUUAGUGUCACUAAUUACAAGCACUUGUGUACUGGAAAUAAAUAAUUCUCCUGCAAUAAUUAGUUCUUUCUGCUGAUUUUAGAAGCUGCAGAAGUCAAAAGUAGUGACGCUAAACUUGAAUAUUUGACUUAAAAGCCAAAAACAGCGAGCAAAGACACCUGUGAAGCUUUAUUCUCGAGGAUACCAAAGGGACAAGACAGAAUAUUACAGAUCUACUGUUGACUGUGGAGAUUCCUACAUGUGAAACAGCAGGAAACAGACCACAUUGAUUGUAGAUGUAGUUUCACGAGCUGUGAAAAUGCUUUGCGAUUCGCAACGGAGAAUCACGCUGCGUUCAUGUCAUAUGGGAGUGACGGGAAAUGACAGAUCUCGAGAUUGUAAAUGGUGUUCAAGUCAACGUCUGAAGUCUCACUUAAAGGGACGGUUGCUUAAAAGCCAGAGCCAAAGUCUUGUUUAAAGUCACAAAACCCAAUCCAAGCUUCAUUUAGGCCUAUAAAGUGGAAGAAUUUCCUGAGAAUGAGGUGUAGUCUGGAUGUGGGACACACCAUAAGACAUUAAUGCAGCACUUGCCCCUUUCUCUUUGAGCUGUUUGGAAGGCAUUCUGGGUAAUGUAGUGAACAGCUAAUUGCAGUAGAAGUAAAGGAGGCCAGUUGAGUUUCUUUGGCUCAGUUUUCACAACAAAACUCGCCUAAAAGUCUGCAUUAAUGCGGAACAAAAUGGUGACUUCAGUUUUUCCGUUUAGCGGAGUGAGGAUGUGAUUUAAUGUUUCUGCAACUUGCAUGUGAGGAUUAAAGGUCCGAGAAAACUGAGCCAAAGAAAAGUGAUUUUGUAAUAAAGCACCUACAAGUUUCAGCAAUCUUAGAUGACAGUAAAAUCACCAAGUGUGCCUUGACAACAGAGUCACCAAAAAAAAAAUCAAAAAAAAUCAAAAUUAGACCAAAAAUCAUCACAGAUGGAUGGUUUAUCCGUUUGGUAGACAAAAUGAAGCCCUUCUUAUUUUCUCGCAGAGCACCUUAAUGCCUCGUCUUCUCCAUUUUAAUUUCCAGAGUGCUUUCAUCAAAAUAAAAUAUAUAAAUAUAAAUAUAUCUUGUUGCUUGCUUAUAGAUAAAAAAAAAGCCUUUGUACUUACUACACUUUUAUUUUUAAAACCCCAGGAGGCCAAGACUCCAAAUCACAGUAUCUUUGUGUAUCUGUAUAUAAAUAUAUAUAUUUGUGUUUUUUUUUUUUCAAAAUACAUUUUGCCCUAUAUUGCAUAUUUUAAUGUUGUAUCGCCUUAACCUGACUCACGUCUGUCAUUUUUUUGUACAUUUUCUGCACAACAUAAACACAUGUAAUCUCUUAUUAUGAUGUUCUGUUUUGUAACUUUCGACCUGUUAUAUCUUGUGGAUUUGCCUUCAUUAUUUUGCCCCUCUCAGAAUAUGAGUGUUUGAGUCAAUCUUUUCAUGUUGACCAUAUUAAAGGUGAUGUUAUCACACAA